CCGGAAGAGCCGAGCGGCCCGGCGGCGGCUGCGGGCGCCAGACGGCGCGCUGCUGCGGGGAGAGCGCGGGCUGCGGGAUGGGGCCCCCGGAGAGCGCGGAGGUGCUCGCUCCCGAGGCGGUGGAGCUGCACGAGCCCGUGGUGCGGCUCGCGGACCCCGCGUCCCCCGGCGAGGAGCAGGAGGACGUCGAGGCGGCGGACGUCCCCGGCCGCGGCAGGUGCUGGCCGUGUGGAGCCUGGGCGUGCGGCUCGCGUGGGGAGCCCGAAGCCAAGAAGAAAGCACCUUGUCCUGGACUUGGCUUGUUUUACACAGUGUUGUCUGCCUUCCUUUUCUCAGUGGCCUCUUUAUUUGUUAAAAAAGUGCAAGGCAUCCAUGCUGUAGAAAUCAGUGCAUUUCGAUGUGUGAUCCAAAUGCUAGUUAUUAUUCCUUGCUUAAUAUACAGAAAAACUGGGUUCAUAGGUCCCAAAGGUCAACGGCUUUUCCUCCUCUUCAGAGGGAUCUUUGGUUCCAGUGCCAUGAUCCUUAUGUACUAUGCUUUCCAGACGACAUCCCUCGCUGAUGCCACAGUUAUUGCAUUUAGCUGUCCAGUGUUUACGUCAAUAUUUGCUUGGAUAUUCCUCAAGGAAAAGUAUAGUCUUUGGGAUGCUUUCUUCACCUUGUUCGCGAUCGUUGGAGUGAUCCUUAUUGUGAGACCGCCAUUUUUAUUUGGUUCCGACACUUCAGGGAUGAAAGAAAGCUAUUCAGAGCACAUUAAGGGGACAUUUGCCGCAAUGGGACAUGCUUUGCUAGCUGCGCUGACUCUGGUUAUCCUGAGAAAAAUGGGAAAAUCUGUGGACUAUUUUCUGAGCAUUUGGUAUUAUGUCAUACUUGGCCUUCCUGAAAGCAUCAUCAUCCUCUAUGCCUUUGGAGAAUGGAACCUCCCUCAGUGUGGGCUGGACAGGCUGUUUCUUAUACUCAUUGGACUCUUUGGUUUGGGGGGUCAGAUAUUUAUCACUAAAGCAAUUCAAAUAGAAAAAGCAGGACUUGUAGCAAUAAUGAAGACAAUGGAUAUAGUCUUUGCUUUUAUCUUUCAAAUUGCUUUCUUUGAUAAUGUGCCGACCUGGUGGACUGUGGGUGGGGCUCUCUGUGUAGUGGCCAGUACUACUGGAGCGACCAUUCGUAGGUGGGUCCAGGGUUCCAAAUGAAAUGUCACUGCUGAAAUCUAUAUUUUUAUCAAGUGCACCAUCACCCAGCUCAGACAUCUUACCUACACACACCUGGGAAGUCUACAUUAUUCGUCGUUGGUUAUAUUUAAUAAAUUUUAUAAAUAAAGUACCAUUUUGAAUAUGGUAUGUUUUUAAUUAAGAGUGGCUAGGCUAGCCUAGCAGUUUCUGGAUAGCCUUUAUUUUGGUUUGGCUUGGUUGGGUUACCAUUGAGAAGUGAGCUCAUUUGAGGAAUUCCAGAAAUUUUUUGAGUACAGUUUUUAAAAUUUGCUUUUGACACAGGAUGUGGAUGGGAGGUAGUGUGCUCUAGCAGUGUAGAGAAGAAGCUCAAUGUUGACAAUGCUGCUAUAACUAGUACUGUGUUAAUCCUUCGUUUGCAAUAUAAUUCCAUUUAGGAUGCCAAAGUUGAAACUUGGUACAGGUGCCUACGUACUGGUGGGAAUAUAAGUGAACCAGCCUUAUUUUCAAGGACCUUAUAGAUGAUUAUUACACUUUUAAUGCAUUUGUGCCUUUUCAUUUUGAUGCCGGCAUUUUUAUAUGUACUCUGAACAGCCAGCCAUCUGUGGUUAGCAGUUCUCUCUUUCAGUAUAGUAGCAACUCCGGAUAUCAGUUUGAACUUUCAAAUGCCUCCUGUUUUAUUAAAAUUGCACCUUUUUUUUUUUUUUUUUUUUUUUUUUUUUACAUUCCAAGAUUUCCAAUCUUAAAAUCAUGAGAGCGAAAUCUUGGCCUGACCAGUAUGCACAUUCCUUUUCUGAGGUGUUUUCACUUCAAAUGUAAUGAUUUUCUACAAAUUGUCUUUGAAUUCAUAGUGUGAUGCCAAAUACAGUUUUCUCAGGAUCAUGCUAGGUUGGACAAUAUCAGGUUACCCAGAUUCUACCAUUUUCAUUUACAAAACCCGUAGUUCCAGAAGGUUUACCCUGCAAGCCCCUUACACACUAAACCAAAUGUUUAUACCUUUAAAGUACGUGUCUGUUAUUAAACUUACUCUUACAGUCUUCUUCCAUUUUGGAAUGAUACAUUAUAAUAUUUGUGAUAUAUGAAAAAUAUAGACCAUUAAUCCACAGUUGAUUGGCUUUCACAGUCUCUUGCAUAUUAAACACACACACACACACAUAAAUGCUAGUCUUUGCCUGACAAGCUGUACCAUGAUACUAGUGUGGUUCUUACUAUGGCUCAGCAGCAGGCCAGUAUUCCUGUGAGAGGAAAGCGUGGGAGAUUGAACAGGGUGCUAGGAGUACAUUCCACAGUCUUUGGCACUGUGGACGCCUUCACGGUGAGGCCAUCGUUUCUGCCACCUCUUAAGCUGCAGGGGAGGCACCGUGCACCCUUUCCUACCCUCCUCACAGUUCAUCCCAAGAAAGGAAUGGGGCUCCUGGAACUUACAUUCUGGUAAUAUUUUUCACCUGAUGGCCUACGUAUUUACUUAGCUGAGUCAUCUCAGAUCACACUUGACCUGACUGGAACUUAGAUUUGCGGGUGUCAUUCUACCAGCAUUUUAGAAAGUACAGCCCUUAGCCUUUUAGAACUCAUCCUGUGGGGAGCCAUGCUCCACACACAGGGAUGACAAGGUGAAGGCCUGCAUGCAGUAGCUGUGUUUCCAUGGCAGCCCCCUCUCAUUUAGUUCCUCGUGGAAAAUCAGCCACUUUUGGAGUCACCAACUAACUUACACAAUGGAGUUUCUGGGACUGGAAGAUGCACAUGUUUUACUUCAACUGUGUCUUGAGUACUUGAAUGUCACAGUGUGUGGCUGAUGUUGGAGACGAUGUUUCUUAUCCCAACCUCUACAGGGUAUGAUUUUUAAACAAUGUUCAAGUGGUCUACAAGGCUAUGUAUUAUAACAAUUUGGGGUCGGGGGGUGAUAUGUAUUUUCCAAAGAUUGUAGUUUCUAUAUCUUGUAAAAGGAAAUAUUUUUCCUAACUUGUUUUUAUUUUGUAAGUAAUAAAAUCAUAAAAGAAAGUGA